CCGGGCGCAGGCGGUGGAGCCGGGGCCGGAGGAGGGGGCUCCGGAGCCGGGCGCCCCGUGAGGCCGCAGCGCUCCAGAGGAGGCUUCUGCCGCGGGAGAGCCGCGCAAGGACAGGACAGGAGCAUGGGAAUGAAUGCCGGCUCGCCCGUUCCCUCCCUGUGCCCCUUGCCCUGCGCUGCCCCCGCAGGGCCGAGCCUCGGGGCUGCCGGCUGCGGUGUUGAGCUCGCCAGGAGGCAGGGCCAGGGGGCCCUCGGGGGCUGGGGGAGAGGCGCCCGAGUCCGGCUCCGGCUGCAGGAGACAAUGAGGCAGAUGUCAGGAGCGAGCCUCUUGUUGGGUAAUGAACGUGGAUUAGAAAGGAUAUGUCCUUACUGCUUCCAGUUCCUGGUUCCUGACAGCUACCGAGUGCGCCUCAAACCAAAGAUGAAAGUGACUCCACAGAUAGAGAAGGUCCUUAAACGAGAGGCGAAGAAUCAUAAGCUUAACAUGAAACAGACAAAGCUUUUGAGAAAGUACAGGGAGUCAAGAAGCAUUCUGCUGGUUACUUGCAAAUCUUGCAACAAAACAACAAGAUACUAUGGUAAAAGCAGGGAUUUUCUGGCAGCCAAAACACAAAAUUGUGGCACUCCAGGUAUCAAAUCUAGCCUGAAGACACCAGAUGUAAAAAUUCAGUCUGCAAAGAAAAUGACACCUGUAAGCUGCAGUAGGUUGGGAUCUAAAGGGAACAGUCCCUCAUCACUUUCCAGGACACGUGAAUCUGGACAGACAACAACCAACUCUGCUUCCAAGACUCCCCGAAAUUCCAAAUUUCACUUUUCUAAGCUAAAACGGAUGCUUGACCUAGAAGAAAAAGAGAAAAACGAGAAGGCAGAUUUCAAAACCUUCUUGACUUUACUUUAGUUACAUUUUAUUUCAAAGUAAUAAAGAUUACAGCAAUAAAUAUUGCU